AUGAACCUGCUACCAUAUCUACGUAUCAAUAUCCUCCUCUUCCUUCUGUCUCUUCCUUACGCUAGUCCAGUUUCUUUCCAAAUACUGCAAUUUAGUGCCAAUGCAACCGGCAUAAGCUACGAGGGCGAUGCAGAACCUGUGGAUGGAGUAGUUGAGCUAACGAACAAAGUUCAGUAUGUAGGCCGUGUUGGAAGGGCUACAUAUGCCGAGAGAGUCCCACUCUGGGACUCUCAUCAUAGAAAGUUCAGCGACUUCAACACUAAGUUCUCAUUCCUCAUCGACAAGAAAGGCCAGGGUACUUAUGGCAGUGGAUUUGCAUUUUAUCUGGCUCCUUGGGGGUACCAAAUCCCUCCAAAUUCAGGUGGUGGAUUUAUAGGCCUAUUCAAUAAUACGUCCCGUGACAUUCCUGGAAACCAGGUUGUUCUAGUUGAGUUUGACUACUAUGUAGACGAAUGGGAUCCUUCAUAUCAGCAUGUUGGGAUCAACAUCAACUCAAUUGAUUCAGUUGCCGAAACCCGGUGGAACCCAAACUUGCAUAAUGGAGAAAUUACUGAGAGCUACAAAAAUCACCAUGCUAAUAGUACGAGGGAGAUCACUAGUCUUUCUUACAUAAUUGAUCUGACGAACAUCCUCCCCGAGUGGAUAUCGGUUGGAUUUUCAGCUAGUACUAGUCAAUAUGGUGAGCGCCAUAAAAUUCUGUCAUGGCAGUUCUAUUCUAGUUUGGAUGGAGUACUUCCUCCAAACAAGAUAUUCGCUGAAGUAAUACGAAUACUAGUAGGUUCAGUGAUUAUACUGAUACUUGCAGUGUUCAUAUGGCAAACUGUAGUCUUGUGGUGGGAUUGGUUGAGGAGGAUAAUUAGAGAGCGAAGAGAGACAAUAUCAAGUCUGGUACAAGAGACAUCAGAUAUAUCAUCAACCCUUGAAGACGAUGAAAGUGAUGCUGGAUCCUUAAGGUUCUGUGAUCCAGAUAUUACACACAGUUUCUCAAAUGACGAGAGAAAUGCAGUUGAUGUGGAUAUUGCAACGAAGACUACUGAGACGAACUGCAGCUUGAGACACAUAACUCUGGUCUAA